CUCAAAGCCAUAUUUCAGAUGAUGGAAAAAUUCAUGAAAAACGUCCAUUUAUGGCAAAGUUUGAUUUCUGUCACUAUUUACCCUCUGUGGUCAAUAGUGCACCGUGGCAUAUGACAGAUAGCAGUGAUAGUCCUAUAUUAAAAACCUUAUCAUUUUGACAAUCAGAACUAAAUUUUUCAUUUGAUAUUUAUCGACAAUAAAUCUUUCAGUUUUUUUUAACCUAUACUACUCUAAUGACCGUUUCUGAAAAUCAUCAGAACAAUGGAUGGGAAGUCUCCGCACGUCGUUUUUGAGACAUUAUUUACUUUUUAGGACCAGUGUUUUAUAAACAGAGAUUGCCUAUUAUUUGGAUAACAAUGAAAGAAAACAAUUUGCCUUAAGGGAGGAGGUAGUUUUGAUUGUCAUCAUAGAAACAAUGCAACUUUAUUUUCAAAGUCAUCAAUAAAAAAUCAAACAGGAUCAGUUUUUAGAAACACCUACCGGAUAAGUGCAGGAGAUCCACAAAAGAGCUUCGUUUCCAAUUAAUGGGCAAUAGACGGACCUAUGGGCCAAACCGCGAGGACCCUAUGAGGGGCUAUGCGGAUACCGCUAUGGAGAUUCCCAGACUGCUUGCCUUGCUGUUGAUAGUGUUGGAGUGGACCCGGCCAGGCCUACCAUCCCCACUGAAGCCGAUCUGUGACCUGAGGGUCCUGAACCAUUUCAUUAAGGAAGCCCGAGACGCAGAAGUCGCUAUGAAGUCAUGUAGAGAAGGAUGUAGCCUGUCAGAGUCUGUCACUGUUCCCCAAACCACAGUAGACUUUGAUGUCUGGGAGAAGAAAAAUGCAUUGGAGCAAGCCCAGGAGGUGCAGUGUGGCUUAUGGCUUUUACAACAGGCCCUCAGUUUGCUACGAACCUCAGUCACCAACACAGCACUGCACAGCCACAUAGACAACUCCAUCAGAAAUCUGCUUAGCAUCAAUGCUGUGCUGCGUAGCCUCAACAUCCAGGAAUAUACCCCACCAGCAAGUGCAGCAGGACUUGAGGGGACAUGGAGGGUGUCCUCAGCAACAGAUUUGCUUCAAGUUCAUGUCAACUUCCUGCGAGGCAAAGUGCAUCUCCUUCUUUCGGCUGCACAGGCUUGUCAGCAAGAUGUCAGCUGAUCAGCUCAUCUCCCUACUCCAGGCAAAGCUGAUUUGUGUUUCUGAGGGAAGAGGAGGGACUUGACACUUUUGACCUGCUUGCUGGUUGCUGGAAGCAGUAAGAAAGACACAGCCAUCCUUGUGUAACUGGAGCAAGCUGAAAGGAAAGGACAGUCCCAGCUGGGCUUUGGAUGGACAGGAGAUGACUGCACCUUGAAAUGUAGAUGUCAGACAUUGACAUGGUGAAGCACACAAUGACCAAAAUGAGGCCUUUGGGAAGCACUGCUCUUGCACUUUGUGUGUGGAUGUACUUGUGUGUGUGAGUUAAGACUGCAAGUUUAAAUCUGUACGUAGUGUGUAUGUGUCUGUUUCCAGUGAGUCUGACCCCUACACUCAUAUCUUUAGAGUGAACUGUGGAGUGGAACACCUAGAAAAUAUUGAUUGCACCUAGAAGUUGGAGGCCUGUUAGGUUGCGACAGGGCAUCUAUUUCCAAUAUCACUGCAAAAAUGAAUGAAGCCUGACCCACAUGAGUUUAACAUUGUUCAACCAUGCCUCACAGAAACAGUCUCUUUUAUUAGAUUUGUUAAUAUAAUGUUAAUAUAUUUUAUAAGUUGUAUAAUUGCUAUUUAUACAGAUUUUCUACUUUUAAGCUCCAGUCUUUGUAUUUUUUGUGUUGGAUCUUUAGGAUUUUAGUUGGGCUCAUGUUCUCAUGUGUAACACUGAACACUUGCGCAAAGGUGUUUGUUGACAUCAUUUGCAAUGAUGUGCAACAUGUGCAACGCUGCUGUCUUCCUUUUUUUUUAUUAAGAUUGUAUGUACCCAACUAGCUGUUUGUUUCACACUGAGUAUUUCUUCCAAAUAACAGAAAGAAGGACUAUAAAGUUAAUGCAGUGGUUCAGUUACAGUGAACGAGGGAGCAAAAGGUCAGUGAGGAGGAGGGUGGAGGGUUACAUGAGAACUGUGAAGCUGCUUUGUUAUUAUCUGUCUAACCAACACUCAACCAGAGUCUACACUGAUAGCCAGCCAUGUUUUGCCAUUACAGUUCACAUCCUGUAAGUGCAAAUAGUUUUCCAGAAUCUGACGCUAACACUGUCUCUGCCCCCUCUCUAUUGUUCGUCAUCAGCCGGCAGAAAGGCAAUCAGUUAGUCCUGGGAACCUGCGGCUUUCUGUAAAGUGGAUGCUCAACCAUUUCAAACUAGUUAAGUGUUCUUCCUUGUUGUUUUCCGUAUUUUUAUACCGUGUUGUGCAAGUGCAAGAUGUUUUUAAGGAUGUUUGUACAUGUUUUCUUUCCUGUUUUUUUGCAUUGUUUUGUCCCAUCACUGUAUAAUUUGCUAUUUAAAUACAAAAUAUUAUUGUUGGAUAAAGAAAGGAUAGAUGGAAACACAACAAGGGGAAGUCUGUCCUUUCAUUCAUUAUCUGUGUCUUGCUCCAGUCAGUUAUGUUAAUAGACAAGUUACUGCAGUUCAGAUGCUUAAAUACAAGAUGCUAU